AUGAAUCGCGCUGUUGGCUUGAGGGCAUAUUCACGCCUUGCCGUAAGGGCUGGCGUGAAAUCGUUUGAAGAUGCCACAAAAAAGGGCACAAAGAAAAAACUAAUCAUCGGUGACGAAUCGAUCCCAGAUGACGUUAUCCCCCCUCGUCCAAAAGCGGCCUGGUUUAUUUCCCUUAAGCAGGUUAAAAUUGGCGAACCCUUGGCCAGUAUAAACAUAUUCAAAGAAGGAAAAGACCCGAUUUUGCAGCCCGACGAAACGUAUCCAACUUGGAUUUGGUCAGCGUUGGACAAACCUCGUCCAAAACAGUAUCUUGAGGAUUGGGAGAUCACAACCCGUAAGCAGUUGAGAACCAUGAAUCACUUUCGGAUGCAAAUGUCAAACAACAACAAAACAAAGCCCGGAAAAAAGGACUCCAAUCCUUUCAAAUAG